AUGACUGCAAGUAGAGGCUCGGUGGUCAGCUGCCUCACUUUAAACCUUGGCUUGGUCAACUGUGAGCUGGGCAAGUUGCCUAACCUCUCUAGUCCUCAGUUUCUCAUUGCUAACUACCUGCUUCAGAGGACUGCUGCGGUCAGGAACGGCUCGCCCAGCAGGGAACAACGCAAGGUGCAAGAACGCCAGCCUCGCACCCAGGCGAGCCGACUCCGUCGCAGCAUGGUCUCGCCCAAUCACAAGGUGAAGCAGCCAAAGACGCCAGAAAGGCGGGGAAAAGAGAAGGGGUGUGGCCACGAGACUCCGCCCUCUGCGCCGCAACUUUUCAGGUUUACUGCUGUGGCCUCCUCUGCUCCUGUUCACAGCUCCACAAGUACAUCCUCAGUGCUGCCAUUCUCUUCCACCUCCAAGCCAGCUGCUUCUGGACCACUCAGCUACCCUACGCCCCUCUCAGCGUCAUCCAGCUCUGUGCCUUUGAAGUCCUCAGUCUCUCCCUCGCCAUCAGGGCGAUCUACUCAAGGCAGUCCAAGUCCAGUGCCUUCAACGGUACAGAAAUCACCAAGGGUAACUCCUCCAGUGACAAAGUCAGGCUCUCCUCAGUCGAAAUCACUUCAGCCUCCUAUCACAGAAAAACAGGGACAUCAGUGGAAAGAUUCAGAUCCUGUGAUAGCUGGAAUCGGGGAGGAGAUCACUCACUUCCAGAAGGAGCUGGAGGAGUUGAAGGCCCGAACUUCCAAAGCCUGUUUCCAGGUGGGCACUUCAGAGGAGAUGAAGAUGCUGCGGACUGAGUCAGACGAUUUGCACACCUUCCUUCUGGAGAUUAAAGAGACCACAGAGUCUCUCCAUGGAGACAUAAGUACCCUGAAAACAACUUUGCUGGAGGGGUUUGCUGGUGUUGAAGAAGCCAGAGAACAGAAUGGAAGAAAUCAUGAUUCUGGGUAUCUCCAUCUACUUUACAAAAGACCACUGGAUCCCAAGAGUGAGGCUCAGCUCCAGGAAAUUCGGCGCCUUCAUCAGUACGUGAAAUUUGCUGUCCAAGAUGUGAAUGAUGUCUUAGACUUGGAGUGGGACCGACAUCUGGAACAAAAGAAAAAACAAAAGCGCCUGCUUGUGCCAGAGCGGGAGACACUGUUCAACACACUGGCCAACAACCGAGAAAUCAUCAACCAACAGAGAAAGAGAUUGAAUCAUCUGGUGGAUAGUCUUCGGCAGCUCCGUCUUUAUAACCAAACAUCACCGUGGAACCUGCCCUCCGCUCUUCCCACUCAGAACAGCACCAACAGUUUUGACAGUGAUCUGGAAAGCCUUCGCAAUGCUUUGUUGAAAACUACCAUAGACUCUCACACCAAGCCCUGGCCCAAAAUACCAGCUAAACUGUCCCCCGUGAAACAGGCCCAACUGAGAAACUUCUUGGCCAAGAGGAAGACCCCACCAGUCAGAUCCACUGCUCCAGCCAGCCUGUCUCGGUCAGCCUUCCUAGCUCAAAGAUACUAUGAAGACUUGGAUGAAGUCAGCUCAACAUCAUCCAUCUCCCAAUCUCUGGAGAGUGAAGAUGCACGGGCACCCUGCAAAGACGACGAGGAGGUGGUGAUCCAGGUUCCUCGUCACGCCCCUGUGGUCCGCACUCCUUCCAUCCAACCCAGUCUCCUUUCCCAGGCAACGCAUUUUGCUAAAUCUCACCUGAUUCAUGGUUCUUCAUCUGCGGUAAUGGGAACUUCAAUUUCUACAUCUACUAGCAAAAUUAUUCCUCAAGGAGCUGAUAGCACAAUGCUGGCAACAAAAACUGUGAAGCAUGGUGCACCUGGUCCUUCCCACACUGUUGCAGCCCCCCAGGCAGCCGCUGCUGCAGCCCUGAGACGGCAGAUGGCCAAUCAGGUGCCAGCUGUGAGCACUUUGACUGAGUCAACUUUGAAGAAUGUGCCUCAAGUGGUGAAUGUGCAGGAACUGAAGAGUAAUUCUACAGCCCCUUCUGCAGCCAUGGGUUCUUCAGUGCCAUACUCCACAGCCAAAACACCCCACCCAGCGUUAGCCCCAGUAACUGCCAGCCAAGCCAAGCAGGGGUCUCUGAUAAAUUCCCUAAAGCCAUCAUCCACUCAGUUGUCAUCUGGUGAUAAAGCCUCAGGGCCAGGAGCAGCCAAGACAGAAACAGCUGUGACCUCAACUCCAUCUGCUGUGGGGCAGUUCAGCAAGCCUUUCUCAUUUGCUCCGUCAGGGACUGGCUUUAAUUUUGGGAUAAUCUCACCAACACCGUCUUCUAAUUUCACUGCCACACAAGGUAUAGGCGACACCCCCCACUAAGAGUCAAACCAGCUGGACGCAUUCUCUUUUGGCGGGGGAGGCAAACCUUUUUAUGAACCCAUUCCUGAAAGCUCCCCUCCCGCAGGAGCCGUGUCAGCACCCAACACCUCAGCAGGAGAGUCUGCUUCUCCAGCGGCAGGGCCUACAGCACCUUCUGGAAUUGCACUGGCCACCACCUCUAGCAAGCUGGAAACUCCACCAUCCAAGUUGGGAGAGCUUCUGUUCCCAAGUUCUCUGACUGGAGAAACACUAGGCAGCUUUUCUGGACUGCGAGUUGGCCAAGCUGAGGACUCUGCAAAGCCAACCAAUAAGGUUUCAUCCACGAACCUACCUAGUGCCCAGCCAGCCAAGCCUUCAAGCGUACCCUCCGGGUUUAGCUUUUCUAGCCCUCCAAUGUUAGGAAAGCCUGUGGAGCCCCCUGUGACCUCCUCUGUGACUGCCACCACAGCAGCACCACCAGCAGCCAGCAGCACAAGCUCUGGCAGUUCUUCAACUGGGGUCUUUGGCACUCUGCUCACCAACACAGGACCUUCUGGGGCAAUCAGUUUUGGUGGGACAUCUCUGAGUGGUAACAAGGCUAGCUUUUCAUUUGGAAGCCAACAGAUCAGUAACACAGGGCCAUCGCCUGCCCCCACACCAACCUCGACUGCCCCUUCCCUCCCAGCGCCGUUCCCCACCUUGUCAUUUGGCAGCCUCCUGAGCUCAGCGCCUGCUCCCUCCCUGCCCAUGUCUUCUGGAAAGAGCCCAGAGGAGGCCACAUUAUCAGCUGUGCCUGAGAAGUCAGGCCAGAGUGAGGCUUCAGCAUCAACAGUCUCACUCGUAUCCCCGCCACCAUCAGCCCAGUCCUCAGGCUCCCUGCAAACUUCUGAUGCUACUAAAAAGGAACCUAUUCUUGUGCAGCCAACAGUUGGCAGCCCUGGCACGGCAGUAUCUGCUACCAGUCUUGUGGCACCCUCUACAGAGAACACUUCAGCGGCUGCUGGGGGCCCUGACAUCAAGACAGAGGCAGGUUCUCCUACUUCCAUCUUUGCAGUGACUGGGCAGGUCACUGUUGAAGCAGCUACUCUCCCAGGUGUAGGCCCUGUGGCCAUCGAAGUGUCAGGUGCCCCUACCACCUCCACCACUGUGUCCAGUAGUGCCCCAGGCCCUGUCACAGAGACUGCAGUGUUUGGGACUGUCACUUCUGGCUCAUCAGUUUUUCCUCAGCCACCUGCUGCCAGUUCUAGCUCAGCAUUCAGCCAGCUCUCUGGCAACACAGCCACUGCCCCUUCCACUACCCCCAUGUUUGGCCAGGUAGCAGCCAGCACUGCGCCAAGCCUGUUUGGGCAGCAGACAGGCAGCAUAGCCAGCACAGCUGCCACCACACCACAGGCCAACAGCUCAGGGUUUGGCAGUCCCUCUUUUGGUACCUGCCCAGGGGUCUUCGGACAGGCAACUUUUGGGCAGGCCCCAGCCUUUGGGCAGGCAACCAGCAGCCCUGCAAGCAGCUUCUCCUUCAGUCAGCCUGGGUUCAGUUCCGGGCCUGCUUUUGGCCAGUCCGUCUCCUCCACCCCAACAUCCACCAGUGGGAAUGUCUUUGGUGCCUCCUCAACUACCAGUAGCUCCGGUUCCUUCUCAUUUGGACAGUCUUCUGCCAACACAGGAGGGGGGCUGUUUGGCCAAAGCAACCCUCCUGCUUUUGGUCAGAGCCCUGGCUUUGGGCAGGGAGGCUCUGUGUUUGGUGGCCCCUCAGCCACCACCUCCACAGCAGCACCUUCGGGGUUUAGCUUUUGUCAAGCUUCAGGUUUUGGGUCUAGUAAUACUGGUUCUGUAUUUGGUCAAGCAGCCAGUACUGGUGGAGCAGUCUUUGGCCAGCAGUCAUCCACUUCCAGUGGUAGUGUGUUUGGGUACAAAACUGGAAGAGGGGGAGGUUUCUUCAGUGGCCUGGAGGGAAAACCCAGCCAGGAUGCAGCCAAAAACCCAUUCAGCUCUGCCAGCGGGGGCUUUGGAUCUACAGCCACUCCAAAUACCUCCAACCUGUUUGGAAACAGUGGGGCCAAGACAUUCGGAGGAUUUGCCAGCUCAUCCUUUGGAGAACAAAAACCUGCUGGCACUUUCAGUUCUGGAGGCGGAAGUGUGGCAUCCCAAGGCUUCGGGUUUUCCACUCCCAAUAAAACAGGUGGCUUCGGUGCUGCUCCAGUGUUUGGCAGCCCUCCUACUUUUGGGGGAUCCCCUGGGUUUGGAGGGGUGCCAGCAUUCGGUUCAGCCCCAGCUUUUACAAGCCCUCUGGGCUCGACGGGAGGCAAAGUGUUCGGAGAAGGUACUGCAGCAGCCAGCGCAGGAGGAUUUGGGUUUGGGAGCAGCAGCAACACCACGUCCUUUGGCACCCUCGCCAGUCAGAAUGCUCCUACUUUUGGAUCACUGUCCCAACAGACCUCAGGUUUUGGGACCCAGAGUGGCGGAUUCUCUGGGUUUGGAUCAGGCACAGGAGGAUUCAACUUUGGGUCAUCUAACUCGUCUGUCCAGGGCUUUGGUGGAUGGAGAAGCUGAGUGGGUAUCAGCGUUCCUUUCAGUUCUGCAACCGUCUGCGCACAGCUCCUCUUUCCUGGGAAUGCAGGAGCAGGCUGUCUGAUGGAUUUUCUCGCUGAAAUACAGACCCAGAAAGAACCAACAGAGACCAAAACUCAAGAGAUACCUGAUUGCUUGUUUGGUUUUGUUUUCUAUUUCAUGUUGGGUUUCUUCCUGCUAUUAAACUGUUUGGGCUGUUUCUGUACAGAAUGUAUGUGGGUUUAUUUAGGUCACAGCAAACAGAGAAGUUUCCCUGUUUCUGUGGUUCUGGUGUUUCUAGCAUAGAGUAGAGAAACCAAGGGAGAGGGAUCUGCACUAAGCUUGCUCAGACUAGCACCAUCUACCCAGGAAGAUGCAGGUGGGGGCAGGCGGCCACAUCUUGGUAUCUCUUACUUGAGUCCUUUUUGCUGCUCUGUGUUUGGCCCGUCAGAGGAGCUCUGUGGUUGGUGGAGGCACAGGGACUCACUCCUACAGGAUCAGUUCGAUUCCAGAAGCAGUAGUGAUACCUUUAAAUAUUGUUACCACCAGCUGUGAGGCAAGCAUGAUAAGCAGACCUGUAUGACAGGCUGAGUGCUGACCACUGUAUGCUGCCCUCUGAACAGCCUCCCUAACUCACCUCAAAGGCUCCUGGUUGCUGAUUUCUUCCAUCCUGAGAGACAGCCUUCAUAUCCAGUCUAUGACAGGGACUUGGUGACCACACUUCGCCCACUGUCUGUUACCCGCAGUGCAGAUAGCCCUGGGUGGACCCAAAAGUUGGAAAGACACUAAUUUGCCAGAUACCACCAGCAGGAUGGUGCAGGGCUUGACAACGGUGUUUGCCAGUGGCCUGGAGCUCGUGAUUUCAGUCUUAUUGACGCGCUUGUUUCUCUGUGAUGUAGAAUCUUUCAGGCCUGGGCAUGUUUUGUUUCUUAGCCCUGUGAAAUCCCAGACAGUUGCUAACAAGGACUGCCUCACAUCCAAAGUAAAUGUAAGGACUUGUCUUCUGUCAGGCCUAGGAUAUGACAGUGCUUUGGCUUGGAUCAUUAGCGGGGGAGGGACCAUAGUUUAUAGAGUUGUACAUAUUGAAAAGUUAUAAAGUUUGACUUGUAGUUUUGUAUGUCAUGCUACAGCCAGUGUGACUUCUUGGGUCUGUUGGCUUAUUUGGGGACAGUGGACUGUAGUGACAUUUCUGGCGUCCCCUGGGGAAUUUUUGAUAAAGUGCAGAUUGACAUCCUCGAUCUUGGAGACUGGUUCAGCAGGCCUGAAAUUGGGACUGAACACUCAACUGGUGUUGUGUUGAAUGGUUUCUUAUAUUGAUAAAGAGUCUCAGUAUUACACACUGAAUCCCAGGACCCCUUCCUGAACAGCCAUCAGCACAGCCCAGACCCAGGAUUAGAGCCACAGUGUCCAUGGAGACUGUUGCCCUGCUCUUUGUGGUUUGUGAUAAAAGAGGGAGAUUCAUCUUCAUGUUCCGUUAAGAGCUCUACCUUACUUGGACUUGGACUUCACAAUCUCAGGGUGUCCUUUUUGGUCCUUUUGGAAUUGGAGAACCUGUCACCCUUGCUCACAUGAGGCCCCUCAGCCAUGAAGCAGGGGGUUAGUCCCCAGAACUCAAAACCAGGCUCAGGGCUUGCACUUCUGUUAAUUUUGUACACAGCGAUCUUGAGACAAAGGGACUAGAAGGUUUUUUUGGUUUUGUUUGUUUUUUUUUUUUGAGAUAGGAUCUCACCAUGUAGCCCAGGCUAUCCUUAAACUGUCAGCCUCCCAGGUGCUGGAAUUAAAAAACUACCAUACCUGGCUUAGGACUCCAGUUUUGAUGGGGGCAUCUCACAACAGAGGGCCUAGUUUUAAGGGGAGCUGUGUUGCUAUAGGUGACAAGAGUGUGAUUCUACCGUGGGCAUGUCCUUCUCUUGACUGCACCCACCAGAGCCAACUUCUCCUACUUUUCUGUUUCCCCCAGAGUCUCCUUUUUAUAAAUAGAAGCUGGUUCAGCCUAAACCCUUGACCUCAGAUUCUCUGCAUUAAUCCUCCGAGGUGGCAUGUGACAUCUCUCCAUAAGGCUGUAUCAGCUGUACCCAACGGAUAACACCCCACUCACUGUCAUGCAGAGCACCAAAGGAAUGUGCUACUGGCGUCCGAGCCCCUCCAGGUUCCUUUCUGGGGGUCGAUGACAGUGGUAGGUGGUAGAAAGGUCAUCUCAGCUUAGCAUCCUGCAUUCCCUGAAGCCCAGGCUGCCAGGAUGUCAGGCUAGGAAUGCACGGUGGCUCCACCUGCCCAGAGAGAAGCUAGUGGGGCUAGAGUCUCCUGAAUUGGGGA